AUGUCCGAUGAUGCAGAGGACUUCGAAUCCAUAAACCUAGCCUCUGUUGCAAUUGAUACGAAACCACUAUCACUGCUCGGUGCCGUCCCAGAAUCCUCAGACGACGGUCUUGACCCCAAUGAUUUCCUCACUCAGAACCAGACAGAAAUACCUCAUGCAUCAGAGUACCUGGAUAAGAAUGCCACGGAUGGCACGGUGCCUGGUGAUGAUAGAUCUGGUUCGCAACUGACAAGCAAUCUCUACGAGAGUACCUUGAGAGACUCAAUGUCUCCUUCGGUCUUCAGGGCCGAUGAUCUCCUGUCCUAUGAUACGGAGAGUGGCUGGCAGACACGGCAAGAAUUCGAGCUGCUUCUAAGAUUCUUGCUGGACAAGCUGGAGACUUUGAAAAAAGAAAUGAAAAGGGACAUGCUGCUUCACAAACAAUUCUUGUCUGAGGGUAGUGAUUGCAAGCAAAUACGGGAGAUUAUCGGAGACAGGUUCCUUCAAAUGUCCGAGAAUUACUAUGCAUUGAACGAAAUCUACAACAAGGAAAGCACGAUGCUAAAAGGCUUCCUUCAACACCUCGAAAAGUGGGACUCGAAGAGAUCCAAAAUAUUGAACCGUGUGAAGUCCAUCAAAAGUGAUGGUCAUAACUUUGGCGUGAAGUUGGCAGAUCUCCUCAGAAAACGAAACGAUAUUGAUAAUGAGAUUGAGGAGCUCGAGAAUCGUUUGAAGAUACUUCGUGAAAACAAGGUCGCCGUCGAAAAUGAGAUAGACGAAGCAAGCUCGGUUUUGGAGAGCAAAUCAGCCAAGUAUGUCAACCUAUUCCGAGAAUUGGAAAAGCAGGGCGAAGGCGUAAUAACAGGGUUCUUACUAUCAAGUGGCCUUCCACAAAAUGACCUUCAGGUACUCUUGAGGCGACAUCCCGUCGAGGCAGCAUUCAGAUACAAGACUCCUGAACCAAAACUGGCUCCGCCUGAUGCGACAACUUAUCCAUCUAGACAGGCAAGUAAUAGUGUUUCCGAUAUCAAAAAGCCAGAACUUCAAUCGAAGCCACAGCCGAGCGUCAUGGGUGCACAAGCCUUUGAAGUUAAUGAGCAAGAACUUCCCAACUUUGCAGAAAAGACAGCCUACGAAAAAGGUUAUGAGAAGGGUAACGAGCAGCUAGCUAAGGUUAAGGAAAGAGUCUCAACAAUUAUUGAAGCAAUGUUCAGACCCCAAGAGCAACCCAGAUUGCAGCACAAAAAUGUGGACGAUCAACUGAAUACGAUAACAGACAUGAUAGAUUUGGUCCCAAUCGUUGAACUUCUAUCGCAUCGAAUUGGUGCUUUCGAGGAUUUAAGUGUGGUGUCUUCAAAGCUUUCAGCGCAACUUCAUCAUGAUGGUGAGUCUUGGCGAAGUAUUGCAUUGACUUUGAGCGGGAAGGAGGAGAAGCUUCUAGAGAUCUUAUCAAACUCAACACCAAUGACGAAGGAAGUGAAAGAAACACUCAUUUCUAGUUUUGAAGCCACUAAGAGAUUGCACGAGGAGCAAACAAGUACACAGACCACGGAUGGUCUGCUUCGGUAUCUCGGUAUUUUGGUUCACCGAGAGAUAAAAGCAAUUGCCUCAACAUUGAAGUCGAUGGGAGAUGCAAGUUACUUGAGCCGGGUUUCAAGUCUUGAAAGCUCAGUUGAUGAAGACAUGUUGAGCCUCGAAACUCCCACUAGACCUUUGCUGAAGUUCAAAAUGACGAAUCAGGGAUACAAACCUGCUGCUGUCACAAUUGCAGACACCAUUAAAGAAAAUAUCGAUGGCCAGAAUUUACUGAGAAACAAAUCUCUUUACGAAAAUUCCCUUAAAAAUCUUAAAAAUGAAUAA